GAGGGGCGUCACUGGCGCCUAGGGUCUGGCGGGGCAGGAGAGCUGUUUGGACCUCGUAGUGGCUGCCAUGGGGAGCUUGAAGGACGAGCUGCUCAAGGCCAUCUGGCACGCCUUCACGGCGCUGGACCUGGAUCGCAGCGGCAAAGUCUCCAAGUCUCAGCUCAAGGUCCUUUCCCACAACCUAUGUACAGUGCUGAAGGUUCCACAUGACCCUGUUGCCCUGGAAGAACACUUCAGGGAUGAUGAUGAGGGCCCUGUCUCCAAUCAGGGCUACAUGCCAUAUUUAAACAAGUUCAUUUUGGAAAAGGUCCAAGACAACUUUGACAGAAUUGAAUUCAACAGGAUGUGUUGGACCCUCUGUGUCAAAAAAAACCUCACAAAGAAUCCCCUUCUUAUUACUGAAGAAGAUACAUUUAAAAUAUGGGUUAUUUUCAACUUUUUGUCUGAGGACAAAUAUCCAUUAAUUAUUGUGCCGGAAGAGAUUGAAUACCUGCUGAAGAAACUCACAGAAGCUAUGGGAGGAGGUUGGCAGCAAGAACAAUUUGAGCAUUUUAAAAUCAACUUUGAUAACAAUAAAGAUGGGCUCUCUGUGUGGGAACUUAUUGAACUGAUUGGAAAUGGACACUUCAGCAAAGGCAUGGAUCGGCAGACGGUGUCUAUGGCAAUUAAUGAAGUCUUUAAUGAGCUUAUAUUAGAUGUGUUGAAACAGGGUUACAUGAUGAAAAAAGGUCAUAAACGGAAAAAUUGGACUGAGCGCUGGUUUGUGCUGAAACCCAACAUAAUCUCUUACUACGUGGGUGAGGAUCUGAAAGAUAAGAAAGGAGAUAUUAUGUUGGAUGAAAAUUGCUGUGUAGAGUCCUUGCCUGACAAAGAUGGAAAGAAAUGCCUUUUUAUCAUAAAAUGUAUUGAUAAGACCUUUGAAAUCAGUGCCUCAGAUAAGAAGAAGAAACAGGAAUGGAUUCGAGCCAUUCAUUCUACUAUUCAUCUGUUGAAGCUUGGCAGCCCCCCACCACACAAAGAAGCCCGCCAGCGUCGGAAAGAACUCCGGAAGAAACUGCUGGCUGAGCAGGAGGAGUUGGAGCGACAGAUGAAGGAACUCCAGGCUGCCAACGAAAACAAGCAGCAGGAGCUGGAGACUGUGAGGAAGAAACUGGAAGAAGCAGCAUCCCGUGCAGCGGAAGAAGAAAAGAAACGCCUUCAGACUCAAGUGGAACUACAGGCCAGGUUCAGCACAGAGUUGGAGCGGGAGAAGCAUAUCAGACAACAGAUGGAAGAGCAGGUUGCUCAAAAAUCCUCAGAACUGGAACAAUAUUUGCAGCGAGUACAGGAGCUGGAAGACAUGUACCUCAAGUUGCAAGAGGCCCUUGAGGAUGAGAGACAGGCCCGGCUAGAUGAAGAGACUGUGCGGAAACUUCAGGCCAGGUUGCUGGAAGAAGAGUCUUCCAAGAGGGCUGAACUGGAGAAGUGGCAUUUGGAGCAGCAGCAGGCCAUUCAGACAACAGAAGCGGAGAAGCAGGAGCUGGAGAACCAGCGCUUGGUGAAGGAGCAAGCCCUGCAGGAGGCCAUGCAGCAGCUGGAACAGCUGGAGUUAGAACGGAAGCAAGCACUGGAGCAGUAUGAGGGAGUUAAAAAGAAGCUGGAGGUGGCAACUAGUAAGACCAAGAGCUGGAAGGACAAAGUGGCCCAACAUGAAGGAUUAAUUCGAUUGAUAGAACCAGGUUCAAAAAACCCUCAGUUGAUCACUCACUGGGGGCCUGCGGCUUUCACCCAGGCAGAACUUGAAGAGCGAGAGAAGAAUUGGAAAGAAAAAAAGACGACUGAGUAACUGAGCUGGGCUGAAGUAGCAUCAGUUACAUAAAUACAAAGUGUAACUGGAAAGAUAAAUUAUGCUCAACGCAAGACAACUGGCUUU